GUGGACUGCCUGUCUCUCUUUUCUGACAUCAGAGUUGUAGCGGGACAGCCAAGAUUGCAGCUUUCCUCGACUUACUUCGUCUAUUUCACGAAGCACGACGAACAACAAUAUUUUUUUCAAUAUGAUGCAUAACUCGACGUAAGAAUAAGUCACCAAAGAUCAUAAUACUACUAGGCCCGCUUGUCAUCUUCAGCGAUCCUUUAGUCUCGAGAAAAUGUUGCUCACGCCGUCGACGGGUGAAGAAUCUGCUGUAAGUCGUACGGUGCUAGGGUAUCCGGAGAAAAUUCCUACCAACUCCAGUGCCAACGUGGAGACCAAGCCACCAUACAUUCCGUAUCCAAUAACCGGUGUGUUGGCGGAGGGACGAGAGCGGUUCCGCGCUUUGGUCCAGGACGCUUGUGGGCAGUGCGGUCGUCCGUUCGAGGAGGAUAGCGAAACGCGAAAAGUCCGCGAGCAAGUGCAGGAUCGCAUUGUCAAGGACUUGCUGAAGAAAGCAUUGUCGGAUGGCCGCGCACUUACCGGAUGCGACGACGAAGCGGAGCUGAAGAACCGUUUUGCUCGGGUUCUCGAGCACAUCGACGACCCUUGUGAGGAGAGCCUACAAGCGAUGGACCAGGCAAUGGUCCGCUACAAGAAGAAUAACAAUAGAUCGCCCUUUGCAGGGAUCUAG